CUCAAACCUCACUUGUUCCACUCGCAAACUCUGCAUGGGCCCACGCUUCCUCGGCCACGGUCGAGCCGCCUAUCACUUUUACUGAUGGACGUCCGGCGAGGACACUGAAGACUACCAUGAGCUCUUCCACCGUCUCUGUGUCGGCUGCGACGCCAACGCAGCAUCCCUUCCAGCGGAAGGUCGAUGAAAUUAAGCCCUCCAAAACGGACAUCAACUUCGUCGUCAUGGAUUACCUUAUCAGCGAAGGAUAUCCGCGGGCUGCGGAGAAAUUUGCAAAGGAAGCGAACAUUCAGCUUCCUCUUGAGGAGGAGUCCAUUCAGUCGCGCGUAGAGAUCCGGAGGGCCAUUCAUGCUGGCGAUAUUGAUACCGCUAUCAAUAAGAUCAACGAUCUCAAUCCGCAGAUUCUCGAUACAGACCCCGCUCUACACUUCGCUCUAUUACGUCUUCAGCUUAUCGAACUUAUCCGCAAGUGCACCUCGUCCCAGACCUCAGACAUAACGCCCGCCCUAAACUUCGCCUCAUCACAGCUCGCCCCGCGCGCCGCGACGAACCCCGAUUUUCUAAGAGACCUCGAGCUUACCAUGUCCCUCCUUAUCUUCCUUCCUUCCGACAACCUCCAGCCUCAGCUGGCGGAGCUGCUGAAACCAACAUUACGACGGCAAGUCGCUAGCAAAGUUAACGAAGCAAUCCUCACAAGCAUGGGCACGCGCGGCGAGUCCCGCAUGCGCAGUCUCGUCCGGCUUCGGCUGUGGGCAGAAACCAAAGCAAGGGAGGUUGGCAAAGACUUACCGCCAUCGUUGCCGCUGGGUUUGCAGGAUGGGGAAGAGAAUGGGAGUCAGACAAACGGCAGUAAUAGGGAAGCCGUGGAUGUCAUGGUCCAAUAGGAUGGGCCUGCUCCAUUUCAUCCUACGAUACAAUUCGUGCUACAUCUUCGGAGAAUCAUCACUAGCGCUAUGGUGUAUGACUGAACGAUAUUGGCAUGAUCACGGCACGGCAUGGACAUGGGCGUUGGACUUGGUUUCGGGGACACGGCGUCUAAGAAUAACGGUCAUGAUACCACAAUGGGAAAUUCUUCUUCAAGGACCUGAAUGGUUUUCCAUUGCCCUUUUAGGAGCGAUUAAGAGCACAGUCAAACGUGCAUCUACCUAUAAGACCGCGUUGAAGGACUUG